GUUAAUUCAUCGUCAUGGGAGUUUGACUUUACAAAAGUAACUGGACACAUUUCCAGAGGCCAGGUCCGUCCCUCCUUUCUGUUCAAGCUGUUAAGUUAUGCUGCUUCCAAGAGUUGGACCCGAGAGCGCAUCUUCGCUUUUCAUCCUCUUCUUCCAGCUUCUCUGCACCUGAUUUCUGAUAACAUAUCAUUUAAACUUGUGCAUUUCUUUUUAUUUUCUCUUAUUUUUGUCAUGGCAAAGUGGUUGGUUUUAUUAUAUCUUUCCCUAGUUCUUCUGCCUUUAGUUUUUGGACAGCAGCGCCCGGCUGGACCCUGGCGGCACCGCAUCCAGUGGGAGAACAACGGGCAGGUUUACAGCUUGAUGAGCACCGGAUCAGAGUACCAGGCUCCGGCUCGGUCUGGCAGCCACAGUGAGUACAUGACCUUGAUUGACAGCGCUACGACCCUCCUCCUGGCCCUGAUUGGACUGCCAGACCUCAUUCCAGACCCCUACGCCAUCCAAGCAGGGACUUACGUCCAGCGCAUGCAGAUGUACGCGCUGCGCUGUGCUGCAGAGGAAAACUGUCUGUCCAGGUCGGCUUACGCGCCCAACGUUCGAGACAUCGACUUCAGGGUUUUGCUGCGAUUCCCUCAGAAAGUGAAGAACCAAGGAACCGGSCUGAGUCCAGGCUGCCAUGACACUUACGCCGCCAACAUCGACUGCCAGUGGAUCGACAUCACYGACGUUCCUCCAGGAAAUUACAUCCUACAGGUUACAGUGAAUCCCAAUUUCCACGUCCUGGAAUCAGAUUUCACCAACAACGUUGUGAGGUGUGACGUCAUAUACACAGGCAUUUAUGUUCAGACACGCGGCUGUCGAAUAGCAAGGGUUUAAAUAUUCCUAAACUCCAGCAUCAAGCUGCUGGGUUUCUCAAGCUGAACGUCGCCUCCUGUAUUCUGAAAAAAGCAACUGGUGAAGUUUGUAUUACAGAUUUAAAUGGAAAAAGUUGCAUUUCUUGGUCAUUUCUGUAAAAUAUUGUGAAUGAAACUAGAGAUUUAAUAAGAAUUACUUGAUUAUGCAAAAUCAGCAAGUACUGUUGCUUUGAGAAGCGUUGCUUAGCGGCUUUAAAUCUUUGUUUUGUUGUCGUCUCUCGGCUCUGUUCUUGUUGUGCGCUGCUCUGUCCUGUMUGUGUCYGCAGGGUUCGUUGUAUAUUUUAACAAUAAAACUCCUGGAAAGUUUUAAAACCAGCAGCAUUUUUGGUCAGGCUCCAUCCUUCAGGCUGGACGGCCGUCAAGUGAAUGUUGUUUAGUCUGAACCCAACUCUGGGGAAAACAAUCUCAGAAACCUCGAAGAUCUGUCCCGAGUUAUGUAGUUUGGUUUAUUUAAAAAGCUGCACGCAGCGGGAUACUGAAACAACUGUCAAGUGUUAAUUCUGGCAACUGUUGCACAAACAUGGCAACCUCAUGGUGGAUGUGGGCUCGACCAAAAGUAGCUGUGAUAAUGAAGGAAUGUCCGGUUUAAACAGAACAACCAAAUAUUUUCAGGGAACAUCAGAUUUGUUCCCCAUGACACACGAAACACUGAUUAUCCUUAGCCUUUUCCUUCAACCUCACAUCUGAUUUGUUAUUUACAAGCGUAGGUUGGAGGCAGAAAUGUACCUACACCCAUUGUUUGCAUACAUGUAAUUAAUUUGGGCUUUUAAUGAUUAAUUAGAAAUGUUCUCUUUCCAGUUGUUCUCUCCAACGAAGACACUGGUGCUCCAGUUCAACUAAAACCUUGUUGGUUUUGGGUCGUUCCUAAAUAUUAUGACCAAUUUCCUUACAGGAAAUUGACAAAAGCUGCGUUUCCAUUACAAAUCUUUGUGGAUAUUCUGCAGCUCUCCAAAAAAGCCCCCCACAACUUCGCAAUUGCGGUGUUGCCAUUAAAUAAGAAAUUAAACUAAAAUCACGCRAUAAGUCAUUGGAAAACAUUUUGCACCAUCAUCCUCCAACUCCUUCCUGUUGUCUUCUCCGUUUUUUCAACCAGUAAUCUGACUGUUGAUCACCUCAUCCUAGCGCAAAAACUUUUUAUUGAAAAAUAUGAGUUUUUUUUUUAUUUUUAUUGUGUUUCCAUAAGCAAAUUUAUAUUUGUAGUUUCAAUUUUCACAAUUUUAUGAAAAUGGAGUUAGCAAUAGUUUGGAUAAGAUGGUUGACUGAACACAGUUGCAUGUUAGAACAUGAUCCUUGACACACGUCAAAACUGGCUGUGGAGUUAUUUUUAACUGAUUAAUUUAUUUUAAUUUAGUCUAAAAUGAAUCCCCAGAAUCAACCUGACCACAGCUCUACUGAAGGUCUAAGAACUGGGUUUAAAAACCAGAAUAAAAGUGGAUAAAUAUCCUCACAGAACUGCACAAAAAGCUUGUUGACGGCUACAAAAAGAGUGUUGUCAGGCUGKGGCGCAAUUAUCAACCAAAACAUGUGCAUCUAAAAACUUUUUUUGUUUUUUAAAUCUAAGUUUUUUGUAUAUCAUUACAUCCAGGGGCUGUAAAAUGGUGCAGUUUGUAUUGACAAUGAGUGGAUGUUUCUCUCCU